GUGAGCAUACAGAGAGAGGACACAAGGCACGGGAACUGAGAGGAGAAACACUCCAAGAAGGUGGGAGCCCUCAGCUGGGUCAAAUACUGCCCAGAGGUCCAGGCUCCACACGCAGUCCUGAGAGCCUUCUCCUGAGAGCACAUGCUGUCCUUCCACAGCCUUUACCUGCUGGAGACUCAUAAUGACCCAGUGAGCUUAUAAUGCCCCCACAUUAGAGAAGCAAACCCAGCGGUCGCCUAGCCGGUGGAGUCUCUUUCAUCCUCCCGCUGUUAGAAUCCUCUGGCCCGGACCCAAACUGUUGAAAGAGAGGGGACUUCGCGAUGGGGAGGUCCCAAACUCGGAGCUCCGCUGCCCCCUAUCUUCCCUUGUCCGCGCGAGCCCCUCAGCCCCACGGCGAAGCCCACUGGGCAGUCCCUACCAGUGUCACACCACAGUUGUUUCUGCUUCGGUUGGAGUUCCGCCCCUAAGGGAACGGCUUCCACCGGAGACCCAACAAGGAGGCACCAUGUGGCGAUGUCCACUGGGGCUGCUGCUGCUGCUGGCUGGCGAUUUGGCCCUGGGUGCCCAGCGGGGUCGUGGGCGCCGGGAGCUGGCACCGGCUCUGCACCUGCGGGGCAUCCGGGACGCGGGUGGCCGGUACUGCCAGGAGCAGGACCUGUGCUGCCGCGGCCGCGCCGAUGACUGCGCCCUGCCCUACCUGGGUGCUACCUGUUACUGUGACCUCUUCUGCAACCGCACCGUCUCCGACUGCUGCCCUGACUUCUGGGACUUCUGCCUCGGCGUGCCACCCCCUUUUCCCCCCAUCCAAGGAUGUAUGCACAGGGGUCGCAUCUAUCCAGUCUUGGGAACCUACUGGGACAACUGUAACCGUUGCACCUGCCAGGAGAAAGGGCAGUGGGAGUGUGACCAGGAGCCAUGCCUGGUGGAUGAAAACAUGAUCAAGGCCAUCAACCAAGGCAACUAUGGCUGGCGGGCUGGGAACCACAGUGCCUUCUGGGGCAUGACCCUGGAUGAGGGCAUUCGCUACCGCCUGGGCACCAUCCGCCCGUCUUCCUCCGUCACCAAUAUGAAUGAGAUUCAAACAGUGCUGGGCCCAGGGGAGGUGCUUCCCAGAGCCUUCGAGGCCUCUGAGAAGUGGCCCAACCUGAUCCACGACCCUCUCGACCAGGGCAACUGUGCAGGCUCCUGGGCCUUCUCCACGGCAGCUGUGGCAUCUGAUCGAGUCUCAAUCCAUUCUCUGGGGCACAUGACACCUGUCCUGUCGCCCCAGAACCUGCUGUCUUGUGACACGCACAACCAGCAGGGUUGCCGCGGUGGGCGACUUGACGGUGCCUGGUGGUUCCUGCGCCGUCGAGGGGUUGUGUCUGACCACUGCUACCCGUUCUCGGGCCAUGGGUGGGACGAGGCUGGCUCCGCACCCCGCUGCAUGAUGCACAGUCGGGCCAUGGGUCGGGGCAAACGGCAGGCCACCGCCCGCUGCCCCAAUAGCUAUGUCCAUGCCAAUGACAUCUACCAGGUCACUCCUGCCUACCGCCUCGGCUCCAACGAGAAGGAGAUCAUGAAGGAGAUGAUGGAGAAUGGCCCUGUCCAAGCCCUCAUGGAGGUGCACGAGGACUUCUUCCUGUACCAGAGCGGCAUCUACAGCCAUACACCAGUGAGCCUUGGGAGGCCGGAGCAAUACCGCCAUCAUGGGACCCAUUCGGUCAAGAUCACAGGGUGGGGGGAGGAGACGCUGCCCGAUGGAAGGACGCUCAAGUACUGGACGGCGGCCAACUCGUGGGGCCCAGCCUGGGGAGAGAGGGGCCACUUCCGCAUCGUGCGCGGCGCCAACGAGUGUGACAUCGAGAGCUUCGUGCUGGGCGUCUGGGGCCGCGUGGGAAUGGAGGACAUGGGUCACCACUGAGGCCGCGGGCACUACGCCGGGAAGAGCCCUCUGUGGGGCAGCAGCCCCCGCCCCGCCCGCCCCACGGAGCUCCGGGCCCCAGGGGCCUAAUCCUCGCGCGCGCGAGGGUUCCGCUGACCCAGCGCCUGGCUUGGGAGCCUCGGGCAGGCGAGGCUGGCGGAGCCCCCAGACCUCCCAGCGGGGGCCGGGCAGGG